CCGCCACAUAGGUAUAGACAUUUUUAUAAACAGUUAUUAUUCAUAUCAACAAAAUCAUUUAACAGCACUGGAGGGACGUAAAACGUCAUUGUCACCGCUUUUCCGUUCAAAAUAUUCUAACUGCUGCUUCAGCAUCUUGUGCGCCUCGCACUACAAGCGGUUUAAAAAAGAACUAUUUUUGACUGCCAGGUCUGUUAGUAAAAAAUAUUAAGCUUAAAGUAUCAUAACACAACCCACUUAAACCAAAAUCUCGUAAUAUAAAACUAAAGUGUCAAAACGAAUCCAAAUGUCAAGAGAUAAAUAAAUAAAUGUAGCAACUUAAUAUUUUUUACAGCAAAGCUACCAACUCAAUCGCAUGCGGAAAAUAUAUAUAGUUCGUAACAAUGGAUUUAAUAAUCGCGCCCUCGAUGACGUAACUAGAAGUUUAUAUGGUAUCGCGCUUAUACUUAAAAAUUCCUACUAUGCAAGACGGUACUGUAACUAACGCCCAGUUUCAUAAUACAACCCUUAAAGUCACUUUAGUUAAAGUCCACUUUAAGUUAAAGUCCACUUUAAAUUCAAAUAGGUUUCAUAAUCAAUUGGCCUGGUUACUUUAACUAAAGUGAAAAUUGCCUAUCAAAUUUAUUUUGGUACCACUGAAAUACACGAUCUGGCUGUCAAAAACGUCUAUUUUGAGGUUAGAUCGUUUUAUCGAUUAUUUGUGUAGCGUCUUGGCGUCAAUUUUCUAUCGUUUUUCCGUUAUAAUAUACAUACCUCCGAAAUCAAAUUUAAAAUAUUUAAAAUGAAAAGGGCAAGAACAACAAAUUUUUCAGCAGAAGAAGAGCUUCUUUUAGUGGAAGAGAUUAAAAAACAUGGCGCUAUUGAGAAUAAAACGACUAAUAAAUUCUCACACAGAGAAAGGGAGCAAGCGUGGGAGCAAGUACUCCUGAGCUACAAUGCAAAAUCAAGCCGACCUAGGGAAAUGGAACAAAUCAAAUCCAAAUUUGACAACCUGAAAACAAAAGCGAGGAAGCAUGCUAAUGAAAAAAAAAAUAAUUUGACAGGUACCGGGGGAGGCCCAGCUGUUCUGAAAACAGAUGAUCCAGUGUUAACAGUGGUACUGGAGAUAUUAAAUCCAAAAUCCGUAGUGGGUUACACCCCUUUAACGGAUUCAGAUUGUGACAACGUUUGUACGCUGCCUCUCAUUGAGAAUGAAGGUAUAAAUAAUGAUGGCAACAUUGAGGAAUCUAUAGAAUUAUUACAACCAGUUGAAAUUGAAGUGAUACAGCCAUCCUCUUCAAAUUGUGAAGCUACAACUAGCUACAGUAGACUACAGCUGGCUACAGAAGCUACAGCUAGCUACAUUGUUGUGGAUGAAAAAAUGGAAACUGGAAUUAAAAAAAGAGACUGGAGUAAUUAUACUCCAAAGAAAUUAAAAGAGCCUGUCAACAAGAAAUUGAGGCGAACCAUUCCUAAUACAACAUUACAAGCAAAAGAAGAGUAUUAUAAAAAAAAAAUUGAAUUUCUGCAUGUCCAGGAAGAAGAGUUCGAAAGAACACAAGUUCGAAACUCUGAAAAACAUGUGAAAGAAAUGGAAUUGUUAAAUUUAGAAAUAGAGCUAAAAAAACAGUUGUUACAUAAACAAAAAGACUUAGAAUAAAUGUUGUUUUAAAUAAA